ACCUCGCGAAAUGUGGGCGUGCCGUGUUGUUGCAUGCAUGCAGUGAUCUUGUCAGCCGUUCUCAGAUAGGUACUUAUUUCGAAUCGAAAUAUAAUAGAGUAAAUUAUUAAAUCCAUCGCCAUGAGUCAAAAUGGAAAUGGCAGUCACCAUGCUCUUGAAUCAGAUGAAAUACCGGCCAAGAGACAACGAAGAAACGUGAGGGUGUGGUGUGAUGGAUGCUAUGAUAUGGUUCACUUUGGUCAUGCAAACUCUCUCCGCCAGGCCAAGCUGAUGGGGGAUUAUCUCAUUGUUGGUGUCCAUUCAGAUGCCGACAUCAUCAAGCACAAGGGCCCGCCUGUGAUGAAUGAACAGGAGCGUUACAAGAUGGUGCGUGCUAUCAAAUGGGUGGAUGAAGUAGUAGAGGGCGCCCCCUAUGUCACCCAUCUGGAGACUUUGGACGAGCAUGAGUGUGACUUCUGUGUUCAUGGAGAUGAUAUCACCCUUGAUUCUGAUGGUCAAGACUGUUAUAGGAUUGUCAAAGAAGCCAAACGUUUCAAGGAAUGCAAAAGGACUGCUGGAGUCUCAACAACAAACAUUGUCGGCAGAAUGCUUUUGAUGACCAAGACACAUCACAUGGGUGGUGAACUGAAAGAAGAAUCAGAUGGCAAUGUUAGUCCAAGAUCUAAAACACUUCAGGCAUCAAAUUCAGUGGAAUCUUUUGACAAGAAGAACUUAAAGAAUGGAUUGUGUUCAACAAUGAGUAGUCCAUACACUGGAAUAUCACAGUUCCUACAGACUUCUAACAAGAUCAUACAGUUUGCGGAAGGAAGGGAGCCCUCGCCUGGUGACCGUAUCGUCUACUGCCCUGGGGCUUUUGAUCUCUUUCAUGUUGGUCACAUAGAUUUUCUGGAGCAAGCCAGCAAACUAGGAAACUACAUCAUUGUUGGUCUGCAUGGCGACCAGGAGGUCAACCGUUACCAUGGCAGCAACUAUCCCAUCAUGAACUUGCAUGAAAGGACGCUCAGUGUGCUAGCAUGCCGGUACGUUGAUGAGGUCGUGAUCGGCGCCCCCUACAGAGUGACAUCUGAGUUGUUGGAUCAUUUUGAUGUGGAUGUUGUCGUUCAGGGGAAAACAGAAAUCCAUCUGGGGGCAGAUGGUUCGGACCCGUAUGAGGAACCCAAGAAGAGAGGUAUCUUACAGCUUGUUGAUUCUGGGAAUAACAUGUCUGCUUCUAAGAUCGUUGAGAGGAUCAUUUCAAACAGGAUCAGAUUUCAGAAGAGGAACAAGGACAAGGAAGAGAAAGAGCUGAGAAACAUCCGUCUGAUUGAAGAGAAGAGACGGGCAUCAUCGAGGAGCUCUACAGAAGAACAAACCUCUCUUGUGUCUGGGGAACAUUAGAACGAUGCAAUGUGAUUUGUUUUGCAGAAGUGGGAACAAUUCAGUGCAACUUGUAGCAGAAAUACGAUGGCAAUGCAAAAUGUACUGAUAGUGAAAUAGUCUGGUGUGCAUUCGGACCUUUAUGAUGAAGCUUUUGGUCACACCAGGGGCCAGUUUCACAAAGGACUUAAAAUGAAAUUAUGGUAAUCACUGUGGUAACAUGGCUCAUUGGCCAAUCAAAAUCAAGGUUUCCAUGGUUGGUGUCACAAUAGCGAAAUUCAUCUCUGACAUGAAUGCUCAGGAAUGAUGAGCAAAUGAAGUGGACAUAUCGAAUUCUAUUUGAAGCACGCCUCAAUUACACUUCAGUAGGAUUCGUGAUUGAUUGUACAUUGUUCUCCAUGCAUCAAUCUUGAAAACUUGUUGUACGAUCGACUACCUAGCUUUGUGCUACAGAUAGUCAAGGUCCCUGUUUCAUGAAUCUGAGCGAUGAUCGGGGGGGGGGGGGGCUGAUAUUUGCGAUUGAUCAUACACAAGCAAUGCAAUCAAUCAUAGAAAUAAGCCCCUCUGUCCAUGGCCAAGCUUUAUUGUCACAGAGUCCAGCACAGCAUACUGCAUUAUUUCUAUUCUCAUCCCCAUAGAAAGAAACAUCUUCCUCAAAUGUUUUUAAAGGUCCACAUGUAUUCAAAAGCUGCAUCGUUACGUUUACAGUGCAAGCAGCAUAUUUUUAAGUUUGUUCGUUAACAUUAUGUUCUGACAGUAUUCAAGUCUUGAAAAUUCAACCAUAAGAAUGAGGAAAAAGAUCAUAUUUAUUUAAGGGGUGUGAGAGACUGAGACUUCAACUCUCUAGCUGAUUUCAACUUUUUUUUCUUCAGUUUUUUAUGUACUUUGUAAAAAAGGUAUAAUUUAAGCUAUUUUUCAUUUGUAGUCAUUCACAUCCACAAUAAUAAUGAAAACUGGGGUUGAGAUGAUACUUGAUUUUUUUUUAGGGGGGUGGGGUAAAUAUCUAAUGAUUUAGUAUAGAAAUGCAGAAACCAAAGCCAAGACCCCCUCUAACCCCUCCCCUCGCAUAAUACUUUAAUAGGUUGAUAUUGGUGUAUGCUACAUGUAUGUUUAUAAAAUUCCUUCUUCAGUGUAUAGUGUACAUAUAAAGAUCAAAUUUAUACAUAGAUGUAAAUCAAAACUUGAUGCUAUCUCUGCCAUGGUUCAGUUAUCACAAGUUUAACAUGGACCAUACUUUAUGGAGUGCCAUUUGUCAACUGCACUGGAAAUUUAUCCCCCAAAUUACCUAUGUUUUGAAUUGAGAAGAAUAUGAUGAAUGUACAAUGAAUUUUAUGGAAUAUGUAGGAAGUAAUAUGUAACCCAGCACUCUAUAGAAGUAUGGUCUAAAAUUCUUGUGUAG